CUACGCAAUUUAUCUGCACCAAUACCCAGGUCAACAGGAAUGGCUGUCUCGGUUCUUCGGCUGAUGGUUGUCCUGGGACUCUGUGCCCUAAUCCUGACAAGCCAGGCAGAUGACAACCCAAAGGAAGAUGAGAACCCAGAUGAGAAAUCAGAUAACAAGCCAGAUGACUCCAGUAAAAAACCAGAGACAGAGUUCCCCAAAUUUUUAAGCCUCCUGGGUUCAGAGAUCAUUGAGAAUGCAGUGGAUUUCAUCCUUCGCUCCAUGUCCAGAGGAUCAAGUUUUAUGGAACUUGAUGAGGACCCUGGACAGCCAUCUUCAAAAGUGACCUCCUAAGGGCACACCCAUCUGGCAGCUGGACAAAGCAAGGACAGCCAGAUCCUGAACAUACAGUACUGUUUCCUAAAGUCGUCCACAACCAGAGACCUCAAGUCAGCUCCCAGCAAGUUACUGGGAACGUAUCCCCAGUUUCAGACAAAUAUAAUUCGAGCUUUUUGACCUUUCAUCCCUCUUUCCACAAAGCCGGGGAGAAGCAUCCUCUUAGAGUUACAGAAUUACAUACUCAUACUUGGCUUGACAGAGAUUUUUGCUGUUCCUGGCAAUUUUCCCUGGCAUCUUCAAUUUUGUAAUGAAGCAAAAAAAUGAGAUUACACGUUACAAAUACAAAUGUACAUAAGCAAAUU